UGUGAGAGCACCCAGCACACUGCAGGGGCUGGGGAAGAUAAAUAAUAAAGGGCCCAUCCCCUUAGUGGGAUCAGUUACUGACUUUAGUGAGGUGAGCUUGGCCCAAAGACUCUGUUUCCACAGACCAGAGAUAAGGAAGAUGCUGUGACUGAGUUUGUGUCAAUUUUGCAUUGGGUCUUGUUUCUAGUUUAUAAGGAAAGUGCAAGGGUGAGAAUCCCAGAGCUUGUCUUCUGAGCAGCCAUGGGACGCCGAAGCUUCGCAUUCCCUCCAAUGUUUUUCUACCUUGGACUGUUCUGGUUUCUGCCACCAGCAAGCACCCAGAGGACAAACACAAUUGGCCCAUGUCAGACUGAGACUCUGGGAAGAGAAUUCAUCACUUCCUACAUGGAUGAGUGUGGGAACUCUAGUCAGUUUGAAGUGCAAAUUAGUGGCUACUUUGCCUUCACUUCAGUGUCUGUUUCCAUCUCCAAUUACACGGGCGAUGGGGGAAGGUUUGAGGAGAAGAUUAUGGUAAAUCAGGGAGAGAUGGUGCGGGUCAGGCUACCAGACUCAGUGGGAAUUAAGGGCUCUACCAAGUUCCCCAAUGUAGUCCUAGUCAAGGCUGACAAAGAUAUCUCAGUAGUGUCUGUCAGAAACAAACAUGUGAUCCCUGAGACCACUGUGCUGUAUCCUGUCUCCAGCUUGGGAAAUGAACACUACAUAGUGACUCCCUCCACACAAUCCUUAGAUAGUUACCCAGAGUUCUCUGUUAUGACGUACGAAGACUGCAACUCUGUGAAGGUCCAUAUAAAAGGCAAGUUACAUUACCUAACACAGGUCUACUCCACUGGCAACAAACUGGAAAUUAAGCUCCGCGCUUUCCAAGGCUACCAUUUUCAAGGCAUAGCAGAUCUGUCUGGCACCAGGAUUGUCUCAGAAAAGCCAGUGGCUGUCUUGGUUGGCCAGGGGUGUUUUUGUAAUAACACAAAAUGCAACCAUGUCGUUGAGCAGCUCCUACCAGUUUGCAGCUGGGGUACAACAUACAUCAUUCCUCCCUUUCCCUGGCAGACAAUAGAUGAAAUAGUCUACAUCACUGCUUCCCAGAGCACAACUGUGUUGUAUCAACUAGGGGAACAGCCAGAGACCGUUACUCUAGCAGGAGGCAGUGUACUCCAGCGUCCUGUCAAGCCCUUGAUCCCAGUCUACAUCUCUGCUAAUGUGAGCAUCCAAGUGGUGUUCUACAGCAUGGGCUCAGCUGUCCCUAAUUCCUCCCACGCCUUCCUGAUGAAUGUUCCAGAUGUUGCCAGUUACUGCCGGAUGUAUUCUAUAAAUGUCCAGGAGGGCUUUGAGAACUUUGCCUUGAUGAUAGCCAGUACGUCUGAGUCUGGUGCCAUCAUCCUAGACAAUCAGCCUCUAAGUGAUGUGAUGUGGAACCCAGUCGCUGGCACUGAUUUCUUUUGGGGCAUGCUUACACUUGGACCUGCCAUCAGCUCCCAUGCUGUGGAACAUCUCAGCUCUCCAUUUGCGCUCCUGAGUGUUGGCACUGCCGCCAUGGGCAGCUAUGGGAUUCCGGGUUCCUGCAGGAAGAAUGUUACCUUUAAAUGCCAGAUUGAGACUCUACAGAUAAAAGAGCAGUUGGAGAGGUGCAAAGAUGUCUUUCUGCAGGGCAACAACAGUGAAUUUUGCUCCUUCAUGAAUUCAACCGUAGUGAAUUUGGAGACCAUGUGUGCAGAGAACAGAGCAGUAUCGCUGGAGGAAGUUGCUCGUCCCAUUGGUCCCUUCCUGAAUAGCUCCACCCUCAGUGCUGGUGGGAAGGAGAGCAAGGGGGAGGUGGCCUUCACCGUGACGUUCCUUCUGCAGAGUGUGGAAUUGGCUGCACUGACAGCUGCUUUGAAGUCUCCGGAGCAUAGGACCCAGACCGUGACAACAGAGUCCAUGGCUAUCGAGACGCUCCUCAUUGUGCCGGCUGCAGGUCCCUGUGAUGAGGUCUUCAGGCUGAGGGCUCAGGAGGAGACAAUGGACAUUCACUGCAAUACAGUCACCAAAGCAGCGACAGAAGAUUCUGUGGCUGUUACUUUUAUUUCUUACUCCACCCUGGACUCCAUCAUUAACAAGAGAUUUCGCAACGAGGAAGAUCUAACGGCUGAUGAGAAAUUGAGGAAUUUUCACCUGAAUUCCAGGGUGGUGAGUGGGGCUAUUGGAGCUGGGAGGCACAUGAACCUCUCCAAACCUGUGAACUUCACCCUGCGCCACAGACAGGAAAAGAAAGAGGAGGAAGAGACUUGCUGUGUUCACUGGAAAUUCAUUGCUGGGAAAGGCACCUGGGUUGAGGAUGGCUGCACCAUUCUCCACACGAACAGCACUCACACCAUCUGCAGCUGUGACCAUCUCUCCAGCUUCGCACUCCUUAUGGGUCUCACCAGAGUGGAGGAGAGUGUCCCACUGACCAUCAUCACCUAUGUGGGACUGACCCUCUCCCUGCUGUGCCUCUUCCUCGCCAUCCUCACCUUCCUCCUGUGCGACUCCAUCCGCAAUGUUAGCACCUCCCUUCAUCUGCAGCUCUGCCUCUACCUGGCCAAUCUGCUCUUCCUCACCGCAGUGAAGCGCACCGGCAUUCGGGUGGUCUGUGCUGUCAUUGCUGCCCUCCUACACUACCUCUUCCUGGCCUGCUUCACCUGGAUGUUCCUGGAGGGGCUGCACCUCUUCCUCGCCGUCAGGAACCUGAAGGUCGUGAAUUACACCAGCACCAGCUGGUUCAAGAAGAGAUUCAUGUAUCCGUUCGGCUAUGGAUUCCCAGCCCUGGUGGUGACUAUUUCUGCAGCUGUGAAUCCUGAAGGCUACGGAACUUCCACACAAUGCUGGCUCAGCCUGGACAGAGGAUUUCAUUGGAGCUUUCUGGGUCCAGUCUGUGCCAUAAUCCUGAUAAAUGUAACAUUUUUUAUUGUAACCCUCCGGAUCCUGAGAGACAAACUCUCCUCCCUUAAUGAAGAUGUGUCCACUCUCAAAGACACCAGACUACUGACUUUUAAAGCUAUUGCCCAGCUAUUCAUUCUGGGCUGCACAUGGAGUCUUGGUCUCUUCCAAGUUGGCUCAGCAAAAAUGGUCAUGGCGUAUUUAUUCACCAUUGUCAACAGCCUGCAGGGCGUCUUCAUCUUCCUGGUGCACUGUCUCUUCAAUCGCCAGGUGAGAGAGGAGUACAGGAGAUGGAUUAAAGGCACAAGAAAACCCAACCCCACAACUCAAAACUUUACUGUGUCUGUGUCCACUGUAACUACCAGCGCCAAGAUGUGUCCCUGGGCUCUCUGUCUUCCCCAGAUGGCAUGUGCUGUCAUUGCUGACUUCCUACCUCUUUCUGGCCUGCUUCACCUGGAUGUUCCUGGAGGGGCUCCACCUUUUCCUCACCAUCAGGAACCUGCCGGUCGUGAAUUACACCAGCCCCAGCCAGUUCAAGAAAAGUUUCAUGUCCCCGUUUGGCUACGAAUUCCCAGUCCUGGCACUGGCUAUUUCUGCAGCAUUCAACCCAGGUGGCUACACAACUCCCAGACAGUUCUUAUUCCACACCCAUCACCAUGGUAUCUGAGCUCUGAGUGUUUACACCUGUGUAAAUGAGGAUUAACUCCAUGGAUUCUUAUGGCGCGUCUCUGGAUUCACACUGGUAUAACGGGUCCACAUCUGGCUCUGGGACUGUGUUCAAGGUUUUCAGUGUAAUCUAUUUUUUGUUUCAGGACACAAUCUGCUCCAGUGGCUGUGUCAUAGAUAUAGAGAGAAGGCUAGCAUAAAAUCCCUCCUUGACAGCUGUACUGAAUCACUUUACCUGUAAGAGGUUAAGUAGGUCAAAUAACCCAGUUGGCACCUGACCUGAAGGAACAAUGAGGAAAGAAGAUACUUUCAAAUCUAGGGGGCAAGGGGAGGAUUUGUUUUUGGCUCUGUUUUUUCCCUCUCUUGAUGGAGAGAGAAGCCAAGCAGUUACAACAUCUCCUGAAAAUAUACCUGGAAUAAUCCAUCUAAAAUUACAGAAACUGUAAGUAAAGCAAGGAAAUACAUAAGAUUAUUUUUUGCUUUAGCGUGUGAAUUUUCCCUAUGCUAAGAGAUAAUUUUAUUCCUGUUUUGUAACUGUGAAGCUGAG